ACACUCCCUUGUCAUGGCGGCCCCGGCCCUGACCUUCGUCCGGAGGUUGUGUUGGCGGCCACUCCGCGAUAUAAGGUGAGCCCCCAUCGCCGUCGCACCGCCUCAGCGGCUGGGGGUUCCGGCGCCGUCCUGCCCUGGGGAAGGGACCGCGCCGCGAACGGCCGUCUCCCCGCCGCGCUCCCGGGGCAAGCGCAAGCUGUUUCCAUUCCAGCGAUUCACCUGCACAUGACUGCAGCCACCAUGCAAGUCAGCCAGAAAGACUUUGAAAAAGCUCAACAACAACUGAAGCUUUUGAAAAAGGAUCCUGGGAAUGAAACGAAGUUGAAGCUCUACGCUUUAUUUAAACAGGCUACUGAAGGUCCCUGCAAUUCUCCAAAACCAGGUAUGCUGGACUUUGUCAAGAAAGCCAAGUGGGAUGCGUGGAAUUCUCUUGGCGAUUUGUCUCAGGAUAAUGCCAGACAGAAAUAUACCGAACUUGUCUCAAGUCUGGUCUCUGCAGAGUCUGCUGUCCAGAAAGAAGAUGCCUCUCCAGAAGAGGGCAGACAUGAUGGCUAUGAAACAAUAAUAGUUACCACCAAAAACAAUAUCACAAAGAUAAUGUUUAACCGACCUGAUAGGAAAAAUGCCAUCAACCACAAGAUGUACAGAGAAAUUAUCAAAGCACUUCAAGAAGCUGGAAAAGAUGAUUCUACCAUAGCAGUUAUUACUGGAAAUGGAGACUACUAUAGUAGUGGAAAUGAUCUGAAUAAUUUUACUAAUAUCCAGCCUGGUGAAAUGAAGAAGAUGGCAAGCGAUGGAGCAGUAUUACUCAAAGAGUUUGUGGGUUGUUUUAUUGAUUUUCCCAAACCACUGAUUGCAGUGGUAAACGGCCCGGCUAUUGGAAUCUGUGUAACAGUCCUUGGAUUGUGUGAUAUCGUCUAUGCUUCUGACAGGGCUACGUUUCACAGCCCAUUUAGUCAACUUGGACAGAGCCCAGAAGGAUGUUCCUCUUAUCUGUUUCCAAAGAUCAUGGGGUCAGCUAAGGCAAGUGAGAUGUUGCUUUUCAAUAAAAAGCUGACUGCAGAGGAAGCCUGUGCCCAGGGACUUGUGACAGAAGUCUUCCCCGACAGGACUUUUCAGAAGGAAGUUUGGGAAAGAUUAGAAGCAUAUGCAAGCCUCCCCAGAAAUUCCUUGGCAGUGUCAAAGCAACUGUUACGAAGUAUGGAAAAGGAGAAGCUCCAUGAAGUCAACAGUAAAGAGUGUGAAGUCUUGAAGGAGAGGUGGCUAUCUGAUGAAUGUAUAAAUGCUAUUGUCAGCUUUUUUCAGAAGAAAUCAAAACUCUAAUCUUCACCAGUAGAAUAACUCACCUUCUGGCAAUAGCUUAAUUUGCCUUUAUCGUUAAUAAACGUUCUCUUCAAGUGAUAAUUCUGACACCUUUUGAUAUGCUUCUGAGUACUGGGUUAAAACUAGUUCAUAAAAUUUAUACAGUGUUAUGUGCCUUGCAUCCAUCAUGGAUAUUUAGGUUGGAGGAAAAAAGGUUCAUUAUUCUGUAGGCAGCAAUGAUGUUUCUGAAUAAUUCUGAAGCAGAUUGUCAAUAGCACCAUAUUUUGAUAGCUCUUCAAUAAAUCUUACACGUGAUUCUUUUUAUUCAUCUGUGGGGAAGCAAAUACUGUAUUAAUGAAAAAAUAAAUAGAAAUAUUUAAUUACUGUUGUGCUGAUUCUUACUCCUUCUGUUAAACAUCCUUGGUGAGACGGGAAGUGGUUCCCAGAGGUGUAUUAAUAUAAUAGUCUUACAAAAAGUAUUCACUUAACUAACUUGAAAAUUCUCAAAGAUGUUUGUGAGCUUUAUGGUUCUAAUCUUAUUUUUCCAUAAAUUGCUUCAUGUUGCCCUUUUUCUGUGAAAAAUCCCAUUAAAGAGAGUAUGACCUUUUA